UUGAAAACAGCAAUCAUGAGUGUCGUGGUUCAGGUGAGAUUCAGAGCAAAUAUCAGCAGUAACAGUGUGAAGAUCAGUCAGAAUAUGAUGCUGAUUCAACACUCGUCCAUCAUGCAGUGAUAUAGUGUCAGUCAAAUAAACACUCAGCCAAUCAGAUCAGAGGAAGUGAACAAACACAGGAAGAGCUGAUAGUAUUUAAAGAAAGAGUUGUGAGCAUAUAAUGAAGAGGAAGACUGACAGAAAGAGAAAAUGGCUGAUAAGUGUCAUUUGUGUCUGCUGGGACUGAUCAUUCUCUCUUCACUUCUCACAGGUACCAGUGGAGUGAAUGAUGAUCAUGUGUUCAUCAGUUCUGGUGAAAAUGUCCGUCUGCCCUGUAAUAAUCAUCUUCAUGACUGUAAAUCAACUACAUGGAACUAUGACAACAGACAUUCAGCAACAGUUGAACUGAUUCGUUUAGGGAUAAAGAGGAAAGACAUCGAGAGACAUGAGAGACUGAGUCUGGGGUCUGACUGCUCUCUGAACAUCAACAACAUCAUAAAAGAAGAUUAUGGACUUUACAGCUGCCGACAAUAUGUGAAUGGACAACAACAAGGAGCUGAUGCACGUGUUUAUCUGCAUGUUCUUCAUGUCUCUUCAUCAUCCUCACAGACUGAGAUCAGUGCAGGCAGCUCUGUGACUCUCUACUGUCAGUUGUAUUCAUAUUCAUAUUCAUAUACAUAUCCAUAUACUGGAGUCUCUUGUGAUGAUUGGAUCCGUUCUGAGGGAAUUCAGCUGUUCUGGGUGAAUCAGGCUGGUGUUAAACUGACAAUAUCAGACUCCAGAUAUCAGAUAUCAGCUCCAGGACACUGUAUCAUCACUCUGACUACAACACUCCUGAAUGAAGAUGACAACAGAGAGUGGAGAUGUGAAGUUACUCACAGAAAUCAAGUCAAGACCUCAGUCACAUAUACUGUCAAGAGUUCAGCUCCAGUCACUUCAACACUGAUUCCAGUCAGCAGAUCAAACUCUGAGACGACUGGAUUAAUAUUCAGAGUGAUUGUGAUUAUUGUUGAGUUUGCAGUGUUUGCUGCUCCUACUGUGAUUCUUCUUCAGAUCAUCUGUGCAAGAAGAGCUGGGAGGAAGAACUUACAGCACUGAGAGGAAAUAGUGAAUAAAAUACUCUCUACUAAUAAAACACCA